AUGGCAACAGAAGACAGGGAGGUGACGGAAGCCCGGGGGGCGGGAGAAAGCUGCCCAAACUACCCCAACAUGGUGCCUGGUGACUCCAUGUCUGAAGGGAAGUCAAGGGCUUUGGAGGCGGAGUCCCAGAAGCCAGACUCCUCCUCCGACUGCCUGGAGGAGACGGAAACUUGCCAGGACAGAGGUUGCCCAGGGCCGCCUAAGUCGCUGUCCUCCAAGGCCGGCUCCACCACCAAGGGCCAGGCGGGCGACGGACCCGAACCUGCACCGGCGGAGAUGGCCCCGGCCCCCACCCCGCGGCCAGAGCGCAAGGACGAGCUGGAGCUGGAGCUGGAGAAGGCGCGCAUGGAGUUCGAGCUCACGCGGCUCAGGUGCCUGCACGAAGAGAACCAGCGGCAGAGGCAGCACGAGGAGGUGAUGGAGCGGCUGCAGCAGCAGGCGGCGCCCCCCAAGUUCUCAGGAGGCUUCCAAGACCUCCUGCUCCCCCAGAACCAGUCUGCCAUGUUCCUGUACUGCUUCAUCUUCAUACACACAAUCUAUGUCACCAAGGAGAUGGUCUUCUUUCUCUUCUCCAAGCACUACCUGUUCUGCCUUGCAGCCAUUUUGCUCUGUUUGAUUAAAGCUUUAUGGUCAUACUUCCAAACUGUCAGCGGCUCUGACCACACCAGCCCAGCCUGGCCACACUUGCUGGCUGGUGAUGGCAUAGGAGACUCUACUCUAGUGAUAAUGCAGCACACUGAGCGAGCCUGGACACAGCUGUGCAAGCUAUCAAGUCUUUAUUGA